AUGCACCCAGAAUGGUCUCUUCACAGUGAUGUGACCUCAAGGAACAUUUUCACAAUGAUCGAGGCAAAAGAAUAUCUUCAAAAGGACGAAGCGAAAAGACGUCGGGAAGCUAGCGGGGGAAGAAAGGAUCUUCAUAAGAAAAAUAAAGAACAAAACGGCAUCUUUACCAUGUCGCGGAAAAGGGGCAUCUUCAUAGAGAAAAUCACACCCAAAAGAAUAUCUUCAAAAUGCCGCGAAAAAGGGUACAUCAUGAUAAAAAAAAUGACACACAGGAAAACAUCUUCACGAAGUCCAGGCAGGAAGGAGCAUCGAUAUAGAACAGAUGACACAAAACAAUAUAUUCAAAAUACCGCAGAAAAGAAGCAUCAUCCGAAUGUCGCGGAAAACAUGUAUCCUCCUAAGACAAGUGCCUCGCAAAAAAAUCCCUUCGCGGCCACAUCCUAA